AUCUGCUUAAACCCUAGACCCUAGAACGUUCAUUUUACCAGCUAAAUCUUGCGUAACUCAAACCGAUCAACGUUGUAAAUCCGAUCUCCAUCGUCGUCGAUUUAACUAGAAAUGGCGAAGCGCUUGAUCCCGACACUCAACCGUGUCUUGGUCGAGAAGAUUCUUCCACCGUCGAAAACCGUCUCCGGCAUUCUCCUACCGGAGAAAUCUUCUCAGAUGAAUUCCGGGAGGGUUAUAGCAGUUGGACCUGGAGCGAGGGACAGAGCUGGGAAUCUGAUUCCGGUUUCGGUUAAGGAAGGAGACAGUGUCCUUUUGCCUGAAUUCGGUGGAACUCAAGUCAAGCUUGGAGAGAAAGAGUUCCUUUUGUAUAGAGAUGAAGAUAUCAUCGCUACUCUUCAUAAUUGAUGUGUUAGAGAGAGAAAGUCUCUUACUUGAUGAUUGCUCUAUGUUUUUUUUUGUUCUGCUAUUGUCUAUUAAUUUCGACUUUUGGAUCGAUUGUAUGACUGUUCUUCCUUUUCGAUUGUUCGUUUCAUUGUUGGCAACGAGCUUAACAAUAAUUCAAUAAUUUUCUUACAUGAUCACG